UAAUGUAUCGUUCAACUUUCAGAAGAUGCCCUUUAAGAGGAGGAACCACGGUAGGAACAAGCACGGGCGCGGACAUGUCAAGUACAUCCGUUGCACCAACUGCUCCAAGGCUUGCCCCAAGGACAAGGCCAUCAGGAAGUUUGUCAUCAGGAACAUCGUAGAGGCUGCUGCUGUUAGGGAUAUCUCUGAGGCCAGCGUGUACACCAGCUACACCCUACCUAAGCUGUACGCUAAGCUGUACUACUGUGUCUCCUGCGCAAUCCACUCCAAGGUUGUGAGGAACAGGUCCAGGGAAGCAAGGAAGGACAGAACCCCUCCCCCAAGGUACGGAUUUAACAGGCCCCAGCAGCCCAACCGUCCCGGUCAACCUGGUGGCGCCGCCCCUGGAGGAGCUGGUGGACCUCCCCGUUCUUAAACUUUGAGAAUUCCGUUCUUAAAUCUAUAUUCUGAAACUUAAACCUUCUGUAAUCAUGUAAACCUUUAAUUAACCCAUGAAGGUAUUUAACAUCUUUUGUUUCAGA